AUGUCAACAACAUCGCAAGUUAAAGCCAUUUUAAAAAGAGCAAGAUCUGAGCUUGACUCUGGAAAUUAUGAAAUUGCUAAAGAAUAUAUUAGCGAUAUUUUGGAAUUAGAUCCUGAAAAUUACAAUGGAUAUCUCUUUUCAGGAAUUGCAUACGAGCGUUCCGAUGAUUUUGAAAAGAGCAUGAAUGCUUACAAAAGUGCUACAAAACUUCAGCCAACUAAUCCUAAUGCAUGGAAAGGAAUUCUUGGAUUAUGUGAAAAAACCAAAGACGGACAAUUGUAUCUUACAGCUACAAUUGGAUUGAUUACAUGUUAUGAAAAGACUGAAGAUCUUAUAAAAGCAGUUGACUCUUUUGAAAAAGCUAAGCGAUUUAUUAGGAAAUACCCAGGAAAAACAACAGCCUAUGAUAUUCUUGAGGUUCAACUACCUAACUCACCAAUAUACUCUUUCAUGUCAGGAAGAUUUCCGCCACCUGAUCAAAUAUACUGUGAAUUAGCUACAUUAUACGAAAAAGAAGAGUCUGCCGCUAAAUCGAAAUUUAAUUUUCGAAAUAUUGUUUCCAUUUCUAAGCAGGGCGGUUCUCGCAAUGAUGCUUUGUAUGGGCUCGCCAAAAAUUCUCGAAUCCCUUCCCUUUACAAAGAAAUCAUCAACUGGACUCAAGAUGAUGAAAAACGCCGGAUUUAUGAAAGUAAACUAUUUUAUUAUAAAUAUGAAACUUUACAAGUAGCGCCUAAAGAUAUGAAGAAAAAUAUCCAAGAGGAAGUUCAUGAAAUGGCUAAAGAUAUGGUUUUAUUGGAUUACGAUAAUGUAUUAGCUUGGAAGCUGGAUAUUGAAUGGCAAGAUGUUGUAUCUUUAGAUGAUUAUGAUUCAAAUCUGCUGGUAAAAUUCAUCCAUAAGUUUCCUAAAGAAAAACUGUCUAAGGUUUUAACAGGUUAUAUACGAUCUGACAUAUCACCAUAUGAUCCUAAAAUUCUUGAAAAGGAAGUAAAAGGGAAAAAACCCAUAAAGAAAAAAGAUGAUACAUCUAUUCAAACUAAACUUGAGGAUUCUGAAGAUGCUGAAACCAACAUAUAUUCCACUAGCCUUAUUAUGGAAUACUUAACAGAUGGAUUUUCUAAUGAUUCUGUUCUUUCACACAGAGUUUUAUGUGCCUUUUAUGUUCACAUCAGAGAAUACGAGUCUUCUAGUGAUACUGCAAUUAAAGGAAUUAAUCUCAUUAAAAAUUUAAAAAAAACAUUGGGAAUUUCUUUUAAAAAUUCUUUAAACGAUCUAAAUACUCUUUUAGGCACUUCUUACAUCUAUUAUCAGGCUCCCAAAAAUCAUGAUGAAGCAAUUAAACUUUUUAACCAAGUUCUUGAACAAAACAAAAAUCUCACUUUAGCCAAAAUUGGUAAGGGGUUAGUCUACCGUGAGAGCCGAAAGUAUACUCAAGCAGCCAAAAUAUUGAAAUCAGUUUUGGACGAAAACACGACAAAUCUUUAUGUCCUUUUCGAAUAUUCCUGGUGUCUUAUUCUUUUAGGUGAUUUUGAUGCUGGAAGAAAAGGAAUUGCUGAGUUUUUGAAGUCUCUUACAGGUAACGAUCCUAGAUCUCAAGAUUUACGUGCUCAAUCGUGGUGGAGAAUUGGCCAAAGCUAUUGGCAGGAGUCAGUUGAAAAUAAGAAACAAGAUUCAAAUAAUGCACUGGAUGAUAAAUUAAAUUCUUUGUUAUUUAACGCAUUUUCAAAUGCUCUGAAAGAAAACCAAAACUUUGCGCCUGCUUUCACAUCUCUUGGAAAGUUUUAUUCCAAACUCGGUGAUAAUACACGAUCCACUAAAUGUUACUAUCGCGCAUUUGAACUCGAUGGCGGUGAAUUAGAUGCUGCUGAAGAGCUUGCUAAGGAAUUCGCUAACAGCAUGAAUUGGGAGUUAGUUGAAGUAGUUGCUACGCGUGUUUUGGAAUCUGAACAUAUCAGGUAUAGUGGAAAGUCAUUAACAUGGCCUACACGUGUACUAGGAAUUGCAUCAUUAAACAAAGACGAUUAUGGUUCUGCUGUCAAAUAUUUCCAAAAUACUCUUCGCAUUGACGACAAAGAUACAACUUCUUGGAUUGGGUUAGGUGAAGCAUAUAGAAAUAGUGGUCGCUACGAUGGCGCAAAAAAAACAUUUGAACGUGCCCAGUCUUUAGACCCCACUAGCUGGGUUGCCACUUAUGAAUUGGCAACAGUUUUGCGCACGAAAAAGGAGUUUAAUGAGGCUGCCAGGAUUUUUAAAAGGGUUGUUGCGUCAAAUCCUGAAGAAGCAGCACCACGAACUGCUUUGAUAGAGACCCUUCUUCUUUCGGCUCAAAAUGUGCUUUACAAAGAAAUUUAUCAACAGGCCGUUAUAUUAGCUACUGAAUGUGUCAAUACUGCAACAAAAUUUUUGAUAAAUAAAUCUAUUCCCUCAACUCAAGAUAUUUGGAGGGUUCUCGGUCAAUGUUGUGAAAUAUUUCUCUCAGUAAGAUCAAGCAUUGACAAAGCACCAUUUGAUGAUUUACAUACCCUUGCAAUAACCUUUUCUGGUGUUUUGGACAGCAACGAACUGAUUUCCCAACUCAGUGCUGCAGAUGAGGCAAAUUUGAAAACUGUCGAAUCUUUAACAUUAGAUGCAACCCCCAUCACAAAAAUAUCUCAAUAUUAUUUGCUUUUUUUUAAGCUUUCUCUUCACUAUAGUCGCAACGACAAAAGCUCUACUGCAUUGGGGUGGUAUAAUCUUGGUCUUUCUCAAUUGAAAUUAUAUUUACUUUUAGAGUCCUUAUUUUCUCAGGAUGAGAUUUUAAAGUAUAUUUAUGCUUCAAUGGAAUCAUUCAAGAAAACGAUUGGAAUUGUGAACACAAAUCCUGAUGUUUGGAAUGCAUAUGGCAUUGCUUCUUCAUAUGUCAACGCUAAAGUCUCGCAGCAUUGUUUCAUUCGUUCUCUUGCUCUCGAUUCUCACCAAUCAUCUCCUUGGAAUAAUUUAGCAAUACUUUAUCUUCGACUAGGAGAUAUCCAACUUUCUGAAGAAGCAGUUGAAAAAUCGCUUGCUUAUGAUCCCGAAUUUUUUCCUGCUUGGAUUGGAAAAGGUAUUGUCGAGUAUACUACAGGAAGUGUUUUAUCAGCUCGCAAAAGUUUCCAGCAUGCCUUUAAAAUAUCAAGAUCAACAAAUGAGCCUGACCAACUGGAUCGAUUAUCUAAACUUUAUUAUGCUCUUUCAGUUUUUGAAUUUAUUCAAGAUAAAGGUACCGAAAAAGAAGCGAAAGACGUUUCUUUGCAUGGAAAAAUUCAAAAUGAAUUAGAAGAAUCAGUUCUUUCUCUUCAGAAAUAUUUGAAACUCGUACCUGAUUCUGCUUUGGCGAUAAAUUUGGAAGGAUUGAUUCUUGAACGUGUUUCAGAUUACGAAUACGCUAUUGAAUACUGUACAAAACUUUGUACUAUUCAUGAAGAAAAUUAUGAAGAAUUUGAAAGAGAGGAGGACCUUGUUAAAUUUGUCCGUGCCAAAGCACAUCUAGCCAGAGUUGCUCUUGGGGCCGAAAGAUAUGAAGAAGCCAUUGAACACGGCCAAUUUGCAAUUGAUGUUUCAAGUGACUUAGCCGAAUCAAAUGUAGAAGCUGCAAUUGAUCUUAAGAAGAGCCGACUUUCAGCGUUUCUUACUAGUGGCUUGGGUUGCUAUUUUACCAAAAAUUAUAGCAAUUCAAUUGAAUGUUUUAAAAAUGCUCUAGCAGAAUCUGACGAAGAUCAAGAUGUUGUUGUUCUUCUUGCCCAGGUUCUUUGGGCUCAUGGUGGUACUGAAGAAAGAGAAGUGGCGUUAGAGCAGCUUUUUGGAAGCAUUGAACAACAAGGAUCUUCUUCAUUAAGUCUUUCAUUAACUUUAGGGGCAAUCGGUAUAACUCACGAUUCAGACAUUAUUGAUGCUGCCAAAGACGAACUCGGAAGAUUUUCACAAGAGUUUUUGCAAAAAGAAGAUCCGAAGCAUCAUGUUCCCUUAAUGCUUGCUGCCAUGAACGAAGCACAAGGACAGAAAGCAGUGCUUCCUUGGCUAAAAUCUGCAUUUUAUGAGCCCUGGAACUUUGAAAAUUGGAAACGAAUUGAUAAUAAAAUUGCCCUUAUCGAAACAGCUUUGCAGUCACAUGGAAAUGUGACUUCGAUUGAUCUUAGUAAUGCUUACGCUUCACAAGAAGGGUUUACUCAAGUUCAAAAAGGUGUAUUUUAUGCACCAUGGAAUCCUACUGCAUGGAUAGCAUUUUCUUCUCUUAUUUAA